UUGUUAAAGGAUAACCAAUGUGAAAAGCCGCUUCUGUCUGUGAAUUUCUCCCAAGCUUCCGGCUUCUUUGGACUAGUCCACCAUAAAAGUCCCCGCAGAACAGAGAUUUUAUGGUUGAGUCUGCAGCCACCAAAUGUAGCUCAAAGUCGUAGCCGGACAGAUAUUCCCAGGGUCUCUAACAUGGAGCUGGUCCCUCUUUCACCGUUGCUGCUGCUGCUGCUGCUGCUGCUGCUGUUGCUCUGGGUCUCCUUCACAUUGAAUGGGGGGAAGAAUGGAGUGAAAGGUCUCCUGCCCCCUGGGCCCACCCCGCUCCCCAUCCUGGGGAAUUUUCUCCAGCUGGACCGAAAGAACCUGGUCCAGUCCCUGAUGAAGAUGGCUGAGGAAUACGGGCCGGUGUUCACCGUCUUUCUGGGACUGCAGCGGGUCGUGGUCUUGUGUGGCUACCAAGCCGUGAAGGAGGCCUUGGUGGACCAGGCAGAGGAAUUCAGUGGGCGAGGGCAGCUGCCCGCCUUCUCCAAGGACUUCAACCACCACGGGAUUGUGUUUGCCAACGGGCAGCGCUGGCAGAAGCUCCGUCGCUUCUCCCUCACCAUUCUGAGGAACUUUGGGAUGGGCAAGAGGUCCAUUGAAGAGAGGAUCCAGGAGGAGGCCCAGUGCCUGGUGGAGGAGCUCCGGAAGACAGAAGGGACGUCCUUUGACCCCACCUUCCUUCUUAGUCGAGCUGUCUCCAACGUCAUCUGCUCCAUUGUGUUUGGGAAUCGGUUUAAAUACAGCGAUGGAAAGUUCCUCACGUUGAACAAGCUGAUAACAGAGCGUUUCUGCCUAGCAAGCUUAACUGCAGCCACGCUCUACAACAUCUUUCCGGAGAUCAUGGAGAAGAUCCCUGGAGCGCAUCACGCAGGCCACAGGUGCUCUCAGCAGAUCAUCAGCUUCAUAAAGGAGAGGAUCCAGAUGCAGCAGGCCUUGCUCGAUCCUUGCGCCCCCCAAAAUUAUAUUGAUUGCUUCUUGGCAAAGAUGGAGCAGGAAAAGCACAACCCGGAUUCUGAAUUCUGUGUGGAGAAUUUGGUGAUGGCCACUUUCAAUCUGUUCUUUGCUGGGACAGAAACCAUCAGCACCACCCUGAGAUACAGUUUCCUCAUCCUGAUGAAGUACCCUCAGGUCCAAGAAAAGCUCCACGAGGAGAUUGACCGAGUGGUCGGGGCCGGCCGCUCGCCCUCGGCUGAGGACAGGAGGCAGAUGCCCUACACGGAGGCGGUGCUACAUGAGAUCCAGAGGUUCAGCGACAUCCUGCCCAUGGCCCUCCCACACGCCGUCACUCGAGACACCCGCUUCAGGGGAUACACCAUCCCAAAGGGGACCUAUGUCUACCCUCUGCUUAGCACGGUGCACUAUGACGGUGAGCAUCAUGCCCGUCCUGAGCAGUUUGACCCCGGAAGAUUCCUGGACAGCCACGGCCAUUUCAAGAAGGCAGAUGCCUUCAUGCCUUUCUCAGCAGGGAAGCGGCUGUGCCUGGGCGAGGGCCUGGCCCGCAUGGAGUUGUUCCUCUUCCUUACCACCAUCCUGCAGGCCUUCACUCUCAUGUCACCGGUGCCCCUGGGCGAGGUCAGCAUUGUGCCCAAUGCAAGUGGCGUCAGCCGUGUGCCCAUGAGAUACCAGCUCUUGCUGGUGCCACGCCAAGCUUGAUAGUGCUUUACUCACUCAGUUUCCCUUCUGUGGCACUCUCUUCAAAUGCCCAGAGGGUGGGAAACUAUGGUUUCCUUCCACAGUGCCAUUUAUUGGCAGUGGAUUCUUGGUACAAGCACACAGUGCUGUUAAUAGAAAAGAAUCUCUGUUGUUCAGGUGGAGCUGUGGGGUCCUUGGUGCUCCCUUGAGCUGGGUGCUUUUCUUGCAGACGCUUCAUGACCCGAUUGGGUUAUGUCUUCAGCGCCUCUCUGACCUAGCCGGGUCACAAAGCCUCUGCAAGGAAACCACCCAGCUCUGGGAGCUCCAAGAACCCCACACCUUCUGGCUCCCUGGAGAGUGCAUGGCGCGGCAGCUGCCUCCCCCAGCCAUCACUCCCCAACUCCGGAAGCAGCUGCUCUGGGGACGAGCACCUGGAGCCCAGGGGCUGAGGUGGCAGCGUCGGCCAUUUGAGGUUGAGAAUGGCACUCUUUCCAAAGCGCCAAAUCAAGUCACUCCGUAUGUUUAGAUGGGCACUUUCCCCACAGCUCCCAAACAAACAGACAAACAAACAAACAACAAACAAACAAACUGCUUGGAAUAAAACAUGCUCACUUCAGUAA